AUGGCGAGUGAUGUGGCGCUUGACAUGGGGCGGCUACAAAUCUCAUUCGCAACCAUCACAAUAUUGUUGGCUGUUACUGUGGAACCUGGGACGGGGAAGAGACUCUGCGGCCCUGCUCUUACACAAGCUAUGAGCCUAUUGUGUGACCAGCAUGAUGGGUUUUAUGGCAAGCGUUCCAACAGCUUAGAUACAGAGGAUUCAGAGGCAGAGCCCCAUUGGAUGUCUGAGAUGUAUUUGGACCCAGACACGGAACACUUCCUCACCCGACGUCAGGCUAUGCGGCUGAUCCCAGGGAUGCAGCGCGUGAGACGCAGCGGACUGGCGGAUGAGUGCUGCCUCAAAUCCUGCACUGUACAAGAGAUGACCUCCUAUUGUGCAACAACGCCAUCUGAUUCUGAUGAACCUUAGAGGACCACCCAACUGUGAUAAUGAAUGUUUAGAUUAUGUAGAUUUAU